GGGUUUGAGCUGGGCCCAUCACUCCUUCCCGAUGGGCCAUGGCCCUGAUCUGGCACUCACCCCGCCUGUCCUCACCCCUGCAGGUGGCGAUGGUGGAGGUGCAGUUGGACGCUGACCACGACUACCCACCAGGGCUGCUUAUCGCCUUCAGCGCCUGCACCACAGUGCUGGUGGCCGUGCACCUGUUUGCGCUCAUGAUCAGCACCUGCAUCCUGCCCAACAUCGAGGCCGUGAGCAACGUCCAUAACCUCAACUCUGUCAAGGAGUCGCCCCACGAGCGCAUGCACCGCCACAUCGAGCUGGCCUGGGCCUUCUCCACGGUCAUUGGCACACUGCUCUUCCUGGCCGAGGUGGUGCUGCUCUGCUGGGUCAAGUUCCUGCCCCUCAAGAAGCAGCCGGGCCAGCCACAGCCCACCAGCAAGCCCUCGGACGGCGGCGGAGCCCUCAAUGUCAGCGGCAGCAGCCCCGAGGGCAUCACUCCGGGCCAGGCAGCCGCCAUUGCCUCCACCACCAUUAUGGUCCCCUUCGGCCUGGUCUUUAUUGUCUUCGCCGUCCACUUUUACCGCUCACUGGUCAGCCACAAGACAGACCGACAGUUCCAGGAGCUCAAUGAGCUGGCUGAGUUUGCUCGCCUGCAGGACCAGCUGGACCACAGAGGGGACCACCCACUGACGCCCGGCAGCCACUAUGCCUGAGCCCCUGUGGGCCUGGGUUUUCCCGAGCUUUAGCCUUAAUGCCUCUUCCCAAGGCCUUGUCUUGCCCCAGCCUCAAGGACAGCCUGAACAGGAGGCUGGGCUUCCGGCAGAGAGUAGAGGGAAGAGGGUUUUUUAAGAGAAAUGACUGUACUUUGAAACUUUCCUCUAAGAGUAUAAGCACUUCCUGUUUUUCCAGACCCAGGUUCACCUGCUGGGAGGUGGUGGGGGCCGGAGCGGGGACAGAUGCUCCCUUUGUCCGUCCUCCUAUCCCAUGCCAGGGCCACCUGGAUGCUUCCUGUCCUUUCCAUCUCGACCUCCCACCCCGUUUGGCGUCGAGAGUGUGUGUGUGUGUCUGUGUGUCUGUGUGUGUGUGGACACAGAAAUAUACUCUUAUGGGACAGCUUCUCCUUGUGUCUGUAUCAUUGGGUCCAGGCUGUCCCAUGUUAUUUCUCCCUCCUGCCACUGCCCUAAUCAGCUGAGCCCCUAAGCAAAGUUUUUCAUUUCUUUCAGCGAUUUGAGAAAUUUUAAACCUACCAAAAAGUCACAAGAAUAGUUACAGAAAUAUAUAAUUCCCCUGAACCGUAUGUUUUAGUUGCAGAUAGCACAAUCUUUCAUGGCUAAAUAAAAACCCAAAACCAAACCG